CUACGUACGUCAAAUCAAAUUUGCAAACGAAAUAUAUUUAAGUUUUUGCUUUUGUUGUUGUUGUUGUAAUGAACCAAAUAAAGGAUGCUGCACUGAGAUAGCAAUAUAAAGAGCAAAUGAAAUGAAAUGAAAUAGGAGCAGCAGUAAUAAGAGAGCGGAUACUUUUCGUACUUAAUUUUCUUUAUAAGUGGCCAAAGCAAAAACGAAUAACGAGUAACGAGUAACCAACGAAUUGAGCUAAGACGCGGUAUAAUUGAAAAAAGCAAUUAAAUAAACUAUUUAAUAAAUAACAUUAAAGAUGCACCAAUGCAUCGCAGAAGUGCGAUAAUUGGGUACAUUACCCUUGCUCGUAUACGUGGUGGGGGCUCCCGUUUGGGGGCACCUAAUAAGGUCUACGCAAAUGCAGUAUUUAGCAGCCGAAACGUGCUAUAGAUACGCUGUGUCACCACGCCACCACUACCACUAAAUGCAGUGGAAGAAGAAAUUUACUCGAUUGAAAGCAGCUACAGGAAAUUCGCGUGCGCGAAGAAUGCUUUGUUGUGGACGAAGAAAGGAAAAUGGAAGAUCAGUUCCUGAUGUUACUGCAAGCCCAGGUCGUGCACCGCCGGGUCCAUUGCCAGCGAACCAGAUGCAAGCGCUGGCGAACCAACAACACCAGCAGGUGCAACAUCAUCAACAACAGCGACAAGGUGUUAAGGAACCAGUGUUGUUGCAGGGAGAUUUUCGUAAGGUGUCCGGUAUUAGUUCGGAAAUAUUCAGACAGAUAGAAGCUGUCGAAAAUGAUCAUGAUCCGAAUACAGCUGCCGCUUUGGAAGCGGUGGAACGACGCGGUGAAAUGAUAGUACGCAUACUAGAACCACGUUGCAUAGGUGGUAAGCAAGCAGUAGAAGCAGCACAUAAGUUAAUGGCCAAAGGCGAUGCUAGACAUACAGUACAGCUCGUUGAAAUAGUUAAACGCCCUGGUCAAACAUUAGGUUUAUAUAUACGUGAGGGUAAUGGUGCCGAUCGUACUGAUGGUGUUUUUAUUUCUCGCAUCGCAUUAGAGUCUGCGGUAUACAAUAGUGGUUGCCUGAGAGUGGGCGAUGAAAUUUUAGCAGUAAAUUUGGUUGAUGUGACCCACAUGUCCUUGGAUGAUGUUGUUAUUAUUAUGUCAAUUCCCCGGCGCCUUGUAUUGGCCAUACGACAACGACGUGGUAAUCGUGGUACUGGUUCUCCAGGUCCAUCAACACUUUCACGACCAGAACAAAAGCCACCACCGGUUGUCGUUAUAAAACGUGAUCUCAGAGAUGAAGACUUAGAUGAACAAGACCGCAUGCCAAGAUCCAGAUCAUCACGCGAAAGACGUACAGGAGAUGGUCGAGAGAUGACAGAAUCCCGUUCACGACUUGGUUUAGGAUUAAACAAUUAUAGCCCCCAGUCAGAACAGCUUGAUUUGUAUUAUAAUACACGAGCUGGAGUUAGUUCAAUGGCUGAGCCACCUAGUUGGGGUUAUAAACCACCACCACCGCCAUCAGUGAUCACAGAACAACCUAAAGGUCAUGCAUUUGCGCCUUCACAUGCUUAUUAUCAAAAUGCAGAUACACUCGAGAGUUUAGCAGAAAAAGUACAUUCAUUUUAUCCUGGUGGACCAUCAAGACGUAUGUCGACCGGUACUGGAGUUAGUUUAGCUCAACAACAUGCACGUUUUCCUCGUUCAGGUUCUGAUCAACAUUUGCCACGUGUUGAAUAUGCAGAUUAUUCCAAUUCUCUUGGACGACAUUCGCUUCUACGUUCUAGUCUGAAGCCGAGUGGCGGUGCUCCACCAAUGGCCGUUGGUGGUACUUUAGGCCGUUAUGGUCGUUAUGAACCACCGCGUUCAUCGAAAUAUGGUCCACCAGCACCUGGACCGCAGUCAUUAACGCGACGCUCACGGCCAAAUCUCGAUUAUUCAAGCGAUACAGAAGCAACGAUUGGCCCACGUCCUAGUUAUUAUUAUUACAAUAGACCUGCCAUUGGUAGUAUGCCUCGUGGCUCGACAGCGGUUGGUGCAACAAGUAUGCUUGGCGGUGGUCCAGAUAUGGCGAAAUUUAAUUCGUUACCACGUGAACGACCAGGUGUACGAUUGCAAGGUAUCCGAUCACGUAUUGGAGAUCGAAUUAUGGAUGAAAGUGAUGGAAAUAUAUCUGCACCAGAGUUUAAUGCACGUCGCGAUCGAGAUUUGCGCUCCAGAAUUACUGCCAGUCCAUCAAUAUUCACUUCUGAUGAGUAUCGUGCAUGGUUAAGACGUGCCCCCAGUAGUUCGGCAAUUGCUGAGCAGAUGCGUAUUACAAGGGAUCUACUUAGUCAGCCAAGAUCACAUCGAUUUUCUUGUAGUGCCGAAAACAUACAUGAUGCGCUCAAAAAUACUGAAAGCAUCUACUCCAGCCGCACUGGUAUACUUGGCACUGGUACUCUUGAUAGACAUCUUGGUAUACCACGUCCUAUAUCUGCGCUACCAGUACGUUCAAUGUCAUCACAACAUAUUGGUGGACCGUCAUCUAUACGUUCUCCUAGUAUACGACGAAUGCGUCAACUGCUUGAGCUUUCUGCUGGUCCAGCUAGUCCGAGCGGUAGCAUAAUCAGUACUGGUGGACAUCAAAGUCCAGCACCUACACCAAGUGCCACAUUACCACGAACGCACAGACAAAUUGAUAUUAAUCCAGCCGAAUUUGCCAAGUAUAAGCUCGACAAACCGAUAGUCGAUGUUGGUGGUGUAUCAGGCAUGUUGUGGAUACACUUAUUGGCAGGCCGUGGCCUACGUUCAACACCUGAAUUAGGCGCACAGCAUGCUAGCCAAGCCCUACCACAAACACGUGAUCUGUACUGUGUUAUUGAAUGUGAUCGCGUGCAUAAAGCGCGUACGGUAGUACGUUCUGGUGACCUCCAAUUCGACUGGGACGAGUCUUUCGAGCUGGACUUGGUUGGCAAUAAGCAAUUAGAUGUACUUGUAUACUCGUGGGAUCCACAACAUCGACACAAAUUAUGUUAUCGUGGAGCGAUUUCACUGACAUCGGUGUUGCGGCAAUCACCGUUGCAUCAAUUGGCAUUGAAAGUGGAACCACGAGGCACAAUUUAUAUACGUAUGCGACAUACUGAUCCAAUAACACUUUACAAACGACGUGGUUUACCCAGUUUACGUGCUGGUUACCCUACGCUGUUUGGUGCCGAUCUUGAAUCAGUUGUUAAUCGUGAAUCAAAAGGUGCUCCUGGUAGUGCUCCUGUGCCAAUUGUAUUGCGACGUUGUGUUGAAGAGGUCGAACGGCGUGGACUCGAUAUAAUCGGGUUAUAUCGCUUGUGUGGUUCAGCGACUAAGAAACGUUUGCUACGUGAGGCUUUUGAGCGUAAUAGCCGUGCUGUGGAAUUGAGUCCCGAACAUGUUCCUGAUAUUAAUGUUAUAACCGGUGUGCUAAAAGAUUAUCUUAGAGAGCUCCCCGAACCAUUAUUUACUCGAUGUCUCUUCCAAAUGACAGUCGAUGCAUUGGCUGUCUGUCUACCCGACGAUCCUGAAGGUAAUGCUAAACUUAUGUUAAGCAUACUGGACUGCCUGCCUAGGGCGAAUAGAGCCACUUUAGUUUUCCUACUCGAUCAUCUGUCACUGGUCGUUUCUAAUUCCGAACGAAAUAAGAUGUCAGCUCAAGCUUUAGCUACUGUUAUGGGACCACCGUUAAUGCUACAUUCAGCCAGCGCACAGCCAGGAACAGAUUUCGAUCAUGCCCAACCAAUUGCAGUACUUAAGUAUCUUCUACAAAUUUGGCCACAGCCACAAGCACAACAUCAUCAAGCACAAGCUGCACUCGGAGGAGCCAUGUUAGGCAGCAUGGUCGGUGCUGGUAUCGCUGGCAGUAUGAGCAAUAUGGCAGGCGUUGUUUCAGGUCGGCGCGGCGAGUCAACAGGGCAGCGUGGAAGCAAAGUCAGUGCGUUGCAAGCGGACAGACAACUUCUACUGCAGCAGCAGCAGCAGCUCAUGGCGGCGGGCAAUCUUCUACGCUCGUCCACUUCGGUAACCAACAUACUCUCCCAAGGCCAUCAUCCGCACUCAGCCACAGUCAACAGUCAUCUGUAUCAAUCAGUAGUGGGUCAGUUAGCUCAAUCGCCUCGAGCCUUGCAACAAGCGGUGCAACAGCCCCAUCAAUUGGUGGGCUCAGCGGGCUCAGUAAUUCACGACCAGUCGCCACUGCCACUUCCAGGCACACCCUCCCCAGGCAGUAGUUCAGCAUCAACGGGUUCAGGUUCGGGAUCAGGUAAAAGUACUGACACAAUAAAACGGGGCGCUUCACCAUCUUCAGUUAAACAAGUCAGAAUACAAGAAUCCGUUAGUACAUAUUCUAUAAAUCACAAGAAAUCAGUUAAAGAUUCACCAACCGAUGAAGCAACCACAGCAGCAACUGACGCAACAACUACAACGACACGCAAAAGCGUCGAUUUUUAUGAAUCGCACAAACCUCAGACGAAGAUGGAAGAUAGUAGCAUUUCAAACAAAUAUGGUGAAACAUCAAAAGCACGCAAUGGUAGCACUUACAGUAGCUUGGGUGCAACAGCUGGUAAGUCGGCAAUUUCAACACUUUCCACCGAAGACUAUAAAGCAAUGCGUAACAAAUCGAGCACAACCUCAUCUUCAUCAUCAUCACAAGCAACAGUGUUGAGUGCUGGUUCAACUGCAACAUCAGCAGCUACCACAUCAUCUGAUGACUCCGAUGACUUGGUGUCAUAUAAAUCAUCUGCUUCUACCAAUGCGUUACUCGCCCAAUCACAAGCGAUGACCACAUCGCAACUGAUGUCAAAAUAUUUAAAACGAGAGCCACGUGUUCAAUUUACACCAAUCAAAUCACCCGAUUCACCUUCACCACCUGAUAGUGACAACAUACCUAAGGGUACUUAUCACUUGACAGGCAGUAGCAGCAAGACAAGUAGUUCAACAGGUGCAAUCAGUAAAUACACAGCCACUCCAUCAAAUAUUUCGGCAUCCUUAUCACCAUCGAGUGCAUUAUCCUCCACUUCGGCUUAUGGAACAUCGGAAACAAACUUAACGAAUACAAGUAGCAGCCACAAGGUAUCUUCACCGUCUAGACAAAUAAGCAGUAGUAUUAGUAGUGGAAUAGGUAAAGAUUCUGUACCACCACGACCACCACCAAUAUCAACAACAGCAUCAUCAACUUCAAUUGUAUCGACCGGAAGACGACUUUUCGAUAGUUUAGCAACAGCAACAGCAAACGAAAAGGACACAAAAUCGGGCACAGCCAGCACAACGUCAACCACAAAUUAUACUAAUGAUACUAAAAAUUUAGUUGGUAGUUAUAUUAGCAAUAAGCAGCAAAGUUCAGAAUACAAAAGUUUAGGUAGUACAUUAUUUGGUGGGGGCAACGGUAGCAGUACUAGUCCUUUUGUUACCAAUGGUAGUUCGAAUGGGGCUCACAAUGCAAUGCAUCUAUAUGGUACAUUACCGAAGAAUGGUACAAGCGGUGGUAAUGGUUCCUCGGGAAGUGGCCUAUUUAGUUCGACUGGUUCUAGUGCAUUUUACUCAGCCACAUCAUCGGGAGCAGCCACAGCCAGCAGUAGUGGUGUUAGUUCUAUGACUGGUUCAACUAAUAGUUAUGAUUUCUAUACAAGCUCAACGUAUGCUUCAUCAUCCGUUACUGCAAGCACGACAAGACCAUUUGCAAAUGGCAGUAGUAGUUAUGGCAGCAAUGGUGCAGGUAAUUAUCAUACUUUAGGUACGUAUAGAGUGCAAUAUGCAGCUACAAAUCCAUUUUUGGAUGCAUUCGAUGCACCAGCAAGCGGUAAUGGAAAUGGUAAUAAUGGCAGCAAUAAUCACGGUUCUGGUGAGCAAUCACAACAAAGCCAUAGUAGUCAUCGUACAUCACUGUUAACUGCUUUUCAUUCUAGCGACUCGAAAAACGGCAGUGAUGAGUACGAUGACUUAAAGUAAAUUAUGAA